AUGCCUUUACUCGGUCGUGAUAAGGGUCGUUCCAGAUCCCGCAGAUCAGACGAUGAAUUCGUCGUCUUCCUUCAAGGUAUUCCAUCCCAUUGCCGCUGGCAAGAACUGAAGGACCUCGUGCGCCAAACUGCUCUGCAUAUCCGCCAGGCAGUAGUAUACGACGAUAGCCACGGCUUCCCAACGGGCAUAGGCCAGAUUAUCGUGAAAAAUGAAGACGAGGCCUGGCGAACAUACCACCGCCUCUCAACAAACGGAUGGGAGGGCCAAAGCCUAGUCGUCACCCUCUCGCGAACAAGCACACCCACCAAACCCAUUGCAGGUCCAACGAGAAGCCCAGCAAUGAUCCAAGGCUACAUCUCCGGCCUCUCAACGCCUCCCCGCGCACAUGGAAACAUGGCAAUGCCUCCAUCUCCCGUCUCGCCAGAGUCCCACCCCCAAACCCCAACAUUCCAAUACCCAGACUACAAUAUCAUGCCGCUCCCCCUCCAAAUGCAACAAUUCAUCCCCAUGCACCCAGACCUCUCCCAACUCCCCCUCCAAUACUACCCCACCUCCCCCCUUCUCGCAAAUCCCUACGACCAGCACUGGGUCUACGCAACCCAAACAGACCCCCACCCCAAACAACCAAACCCACACUCCCCACCAUUCACUCCAGACCACCGCGCCCUGACGCUAGACAACCUCAGCACAGCCACAACCACCACAGACAUUAAGAACCUGCUUAGCGCAGCGGGAACCAUCGCCUCCUGCAAGGUUUUCAGCGAGGGUGCGCAGACCCGCGCGAAGGUUAGCAUGGCGAGCGGCGAGGAAGCGCGCCGCGCGGCGAGCAUGUUCCAUAAUUUGUUCUUUGGGGGGUCACGCAUUCGCGUUCGUGUGGAGGAUGCGGUGGGCGGGUUUGAUUCUGCAUCUGCGAGUGAGGUUUCUGUUUCUGACGAGGAGCUCGGCUCUUGGGCUGAUGAGAUGAGUGGAUUUGAGUCGGAGAAGGUGCCUUGUAAGCCUUUGGUUGUUGAUGGAUCUGGGCUGAAUAGGCACGAUGGGAUUUGUGCGGCGCCGACUUAG